GAAGAAGAAGAAGAGUAAGGUUAUCUUAUUUGUUUUUAUUUAUGUGUAUGUCCCUUUUAAAAUGAGUAACAUACAAAACAGUUUUCACAACAGAACUAAUAAGGAUGGAUAAAUAAAUAAGUUUAAAAUGGGGACGAAAAAAUCCGAUAAAAGUAGAAAAUCGGUAACGGUGGAUUUACCGACGUUUACCCGAGAACAAAAAAUUAUAGCCACUGUGUGGUAUCAUGAAAGAGCCUUUACUGGAAUGUCCUAUGAAGAGUUAAAAGAUAAUUUUAUGAUUCGUUUUAAACUUAAAUACCCAACUCGCCAUACACUUAGAGAGUGGGACCAACAGUUAUUUGCCGAAGGUGCUCCCCUCAAAAAGAAGGCAAGAUUAAGGACAUCUUUAGACAGGCUUAUAUAUGUUCCUUAUGUAAAAGAAUCAUUUAUUCGAUUUCCAGACUUAACCGUAAGAGGAAGAGCUGAUAUGCUUGGUAUGUCAGUUGGAACUCUUAACAAUAUUUUAAAAAAUGAUAUAACUGAAGGAGAAGUAGCUUCGUUAAAAAAUACUACUGCCAACUCAACCUCCACACCACAAGGGGAUUCUAAAAGUAAAGAAUAAUUGAAAAUACUCAAGAAUUAACAGAAUGAGGAAGCUAGAAAUGAAAAAUAAAAAUAGAACAGGUCGCCUUAACAUAAGGUGACCAGAUCAUAAACUUGAAAAAACGGGACACAUCCAAGAAGCGUUUGGGGGCGACAUCCUCCAGCCAAAGGGUGUCCGAGGGGCCUACAUCGAGAGACAUUCACAAAACGAGUGUGAUUCAAUGCAUGCCCUUAUGGAAAACAGAAAAAACAUUGAGUCGUAUAUGCUCCACAUCAAUGGAUAUGGAUAACCAUGAUACAAUAUGCCAAAGCCUCAGGCAAGCCUAAAUCCGUAAAUGAAAUAAAUCAGAAGCAAAUUCUAAAUUUUAACCCAUUUAAGGGCACACAUGUUAAUUUUGAAGUAGAUAUUAAUAGUAAAAGAGUAAAGUAAUAAAGUAAAAUGGUUUAAAAUUAAAUAUUUACAGAUACGCAAUAAAAAUGCGAAAAAUUUAGAGAUAUUGUGAUAGU